UCCCGCUCCCGGGCCCUGGACUCAGUCCCCCACCCCCUCGGCGCUUCCGUUACGGCCGUUGGUCCGGCGCGGGCUCCAGGGCCAUUCCCGAGCUCGAGGCGCCGGCUGGCCCCGUCGCUGCGCCCGGCAGCUGCCCGGACGGACCUCGGCGCGGCCUGGAAGCCAGCGUCCUCCCGAGCCUGGGGCCCCGCGCCCGGCGGGCUCUGCUCGGCCGCUCGCAGCCCGGGAGGCCCCGGUGUUUACGCUCGUCCGUCCCGCCGCCUGGGUUCUUUGGAGAGCGCUUCUCGACGGCCGGCUUCCGGAGGCAGCGUCCGAGCGUCGGGUCCCGCGCGGCAAGUUCUCCCAGGGCGCCCGGUGGCCGCCCCGCCGCUGUGCCCCGAGUUGCUUCGCGGACUCCGACUUGGCAUUUCUCCGCUUCCUCCUGGGCCGGCGCGCGGCGCGGCUGACGAGGCUCCCCCGGGCCAUGGGCCGCGGCACGGGCCGGCCGCCCGCCCGGAGGCAUGGCUCGGGAGCUGGCCGCUAGCUGUGCCGCAGCCCGGGAUCCCGGGUCGGCAUGAGGACCGCCGCGGGGGGACGUCUGCGGCCCGCGUCGGCGCUCGUGACAAAGGUGCGUGUCGUGGUCGGGACAGGGUCCUCUCGUUAGCCUUGCUGCGGUUUUCACUUUAGAAGAAGUUGUGACAACAGGAAGACAGACGCCAGGCAUAGUGUGUGGCACCUUAAAACGGAACCAUUAACUGGGAACUAACUGCAGCUGAGCACUGUUAGCCACUGCCCCAACUUCAGUAGACCAGAAGCCAUGCAGUGACACCUGCUAAGACUUAUUGGUAGCCAUGUCGGAGCCCCACAGGGUCCAGUUCACCUCUCUCCCAGGUUCUCUGAAUCCUGCGUUUUUGAAGAAGUCCCGGAAAGAGGAGGUUGGGGGAGCAGAACAGCAUCAGUACUGUGAGCCGGCUGCAGCAGCUGUUCGGAUUACACUCACCCUCUUUGAACCAGAUCACAAACGCUGCCCAGAGUUCUUCUACCCAGAGCUGGUGAAGAAUAUGCGAGGGAAGGUAAAAGGCCUUCCACCUGUAGACAAGAAGAAAGAUCUCUCAGAUCCUUUCAAUGACGAAGAAAAAGAAAGGCAUAAAGUGGAAGCCCUUGCCCGGAAAUUUGAAGAAAAAUAUGGUGGAAAGAAACGUAGAAAAGACCGAAUACAGGACUUGAUUGAUAUGGGGUAUGGUUAUGAUGAAUCUGAUUCCUUCAUCGAUAACUCUGAGGCGUAUGAUGAGCUUGUUCCUGCUUCUUUGACUACAAAGUAUGGAGGAUUUUACAUUAACUCGGGAACCCUGCAGUUUAGACAAGCAUCAGAAUCUGAAGAUGACUUCAUUAAAGAAAAGAAGAAAAAAUCUCCAAAGAAGCGGAAGUUGAAGGAAGGUGGUGAGAAGAUAAAGAAGAAGAAAAAAGAUGACACUUAUGACAAGGAGAAGAAAUCGAAAAAGUCCAAGUUUUCCAAAGCCGGCUUCACAGCCCUCAAUGCCAGUAAAGAGAAGAAGAAAAAGAAGUAUUCUGGGACUUUAUGCAUUAAAGAGAUGGUAAAGAAAUUUCAGAAGGAGAAAGAGGCUCAGAAGAAAAGGGUGGAGGAGCAUAAGCCUAUAGCGGUCUCGUCUGUGGAAGCUCAGGGCUUGCAGGAAUUGGAGGGCACCUCCGACCCCUUGCUCUCGCUCUUUGGCUCCGCUUCUGACAACGAUAUCUUCCAGGCGGCCACUGCCGUGGACUCGCUGACUGAUUUGGACUUGGAGCAGCUGCUCAGUGAGUCUCCAGAAGGCAGCCCCUACCGUAACAUGGAUGAUGGAAGCGAUUCCCUUGGGGCGGGAUUGGACCAGGAAUUCAGGCAGCCCUCUUCUCUCCCCGAAGGCCUGCCAGCACCCCUGGAGAAGCGUGUUAAGGAACUGGCUCAGGCUGCCAGAGCUGCCGAGGGAGAGAGCAGACAGAAGUUCUUCACCCAGGAUGUUAAUGGAAUCCUAUUAGACAUAGAAGUGCAGGCUCGGGAGCUGAGUAGCCAAAUCCGUUCUGGGGUCUAUGCCUAUCUCGCCUCAUUCCUGCCCUGCAGCAAGGAUGCUCUGGUCAAACGUGCUCGAAAACUUCACCACUACGACCAGGGGGGGCGUCUGAAGGAGCCUCUCCAGAAGCUCAAGGAAGCCAUUGGCAGGGCGAUGCCAGAACAGAUGGCCAAGUACCAGGAUGAAUGCCAGGCUCACACGCAGGCCAAGGUUGCUAAGAUGCUGGAAGAGGAGAAAGACAAGGAGCAAAGAGAGCGGAUUUGUUCUGAGGAGGAAGAAGAUGAGGAAAAGGGGGGCAGGAGGAUAAUGGGACCCCGGAAGAAAUUCCAGUGGAAUGAUGAAAUCAGGGACCUGCUGUGCCAGGUGGUGAAGACCAAGCUGGAGAGCCAUGACCUGGAGAGGAACAACAAGGCCCAGUCCUGGGAGGACUGCUUGAAGGCCUUCUUGGACGCCGAGGUCAAGCCUCUCUGGCCCAAGGGCUGGAUGCAGACCAGGAUUCUGUUAAAGGAGAGCAAACGAGUUCACGGGCACCUGACAUCCAUCCUGGCCAAGAAGAAAGUAAUGGCCCCUUCUAAAAUCAAGGUGAAGGAAUCAUCUACUAAGCCUGAUAAAAAGGUUUCUGUCCAGUCAGGACAGAUUAGCGGCCCCAUUGCAUUGCCCUCAGAACACCAGGGAGGAGGCCUGAACAUUGGGGUCUCGAGCAGGGAGCUCCCAUCCCAGGUGUCAGACAACCUUGCUAACCCUGCUCCUGUCAGCCUGGAGGACUCGUUGGAUGAAGACUUGAUCUGCAAUCCCGCCUCUUCUGUGGAAGCCGUGUCCAAGGAACUGGCUGCAUUGAACAGCAGAGCAACUGGGAGCUCUGAAUUCACACUGCCUGCCCCCUCAAAAGCACCUGCAGAAAAAGUUGCAGGUGUGUUAUGUGCAGAAGAGAAAAGGAACUUUGCCAAGCCCAGCCCUUCUGCUCCCCCACCAGCUAGCUCUCUGCAGUCACCCCUCAAUUUUCUGGCUGAACAGGCUCUGGCACUGGGGCAGUCCUCUCAGGAGAAAAAACCAGAGAAUUCUGGCUACAAAGAGCUGCCUUGCCAGGCUCCCCUCAACAAAGGCUUGCCAGAAGUGCACCAGUCCAAAGCAAAGCACCAUGGUUUGCCACGGACGUCUCACGGACCCCAGGUGGCAGCUCCCGUGCCUGGCCCCCAAGUCAAAGUCUUUCAUGCAGGCGCUCAGCAGCAGAAAAACUUCACGCCCCCAGCUCCUUUUGUCAAUAAGCUCCAGAGCCCAAAGGCUUCCUCCCCACAGUGCCAUCGUUCCUUCCUGCAGAUAGUGAAGACAGCAGCCAAAGGCCAGGGCUUCCAUCCCUCCACGCCAGCCGCCUCAGGAGGCUUACCAGCCUCUAGCAGCUCUCAUAAGACCCCAGCCUCGUCCUCUGCCGCCCUGAGCCAUCCAGCAAAACAGCAUUCAGCCAGCUCUACAGGGUCGUCUUAUAAGAAUAAUCCCUUUGCUGGCUCUAUCUCCAAACACGCGGUUUCUUCUGGCAGCUCUUCCUCUGGAGGAACACCAGUCCAGAGUUCUGCUUCUGGGAACCUGCUCCCUGGCAUACAGCCUCCCUCCACAGGACAGUCCGCCAGCAGACCUGUCCCAAGCUCAGCAGUGAAAAAACCGCCUGUUUCCCAGAAGCUGACCCUGGUGGCCCCUCCAGGUGGUCCAAAUGGAGAUUCCGGUGGUGGGACCCAGGGAGUAGCAAAGUUACUGACCUCGUCCCUAAAGCCCCCUGCGGUUAGUAGUGUGACAUCGUCUACCUCCUUGCCAAAAGGAACGAGUGGGGCUGUGCUGCUGACCAGCUCCACUCCCUUAAACCUGCUGUCUCCACCCUACAAGUCCAGCAGCCCAAAGCUGCCAGGGGCCAUGAACUCGAACUCACUGGGAAUUAUAGCCCCUGUCCCGAUUCCUCUCCAUGUGCUUUCCUUCAGCGCUGAUGCCUCUGCCAAAGCAGGGGUCUCCAAGGAUGCCAUCGUCACAGGCCCUGCCUCCGGGCCUUUCCACCCUGGCCUCAGCCACAGUCUUCUGGCUGGCUUGCACUCCAGCCCGCCCCACGCAGCGCCUCUCCCACACGCUGCCAUGUCCACCCAUAUCCCGCAGAGCCUGCCAGAUGCUUCUCAGCUUCAUGGGAAAGGGCCUGGCGUACCACGGAAAUUGUGACCCCUUCAGUGGAAAGGCUCAACAGACUCGGGUCUGGGUGGAAGUUGGACGUGUAGGUCUAAGAUAAUGGACAUUCACUGCGCUCUUUCUGGUUUUCCUCUGGAGAAAGCGUGAGUUCUCAGUGGAGCUUCUGGGCACUUCUGACGUGCCUCCACGUAAGGGAGCCGGCCCCGUGCUGUUCACAGGCGCUUGCUGACCUGGUGCUCUGGGCCUCGCGGCUCUGUCACUGGACAGUUAUCAGAGGGGCAGCUCUGGGCUGGGCGCAUGCUGGGCCGUGCUGGAAAGUACGGUGUUGACGAGCUCCAGUGGCACACUAACGUUUUAGAUCUGCCUGACCCCCUGGCAUUUGAUCAGAGUACCUCAGAGUGCCCCACUGGUCAGGGGCUCCUGGCCACAGUAAGAUUCCUGAAUGGUCUUGGUGCCGUCCCAUCCCCAGGCUGUGUGCUCAAGAGGACAAAACCCAGGUCAAAGCUACAGCUGGGAGACCUACCUUGUCUCAUUGCAAAAUACUAAGAACACCUAAUGUACUGGGGGCCAGUUUCUCCUCUGAACAUGACAAUGAAGCUCUUUUAGAGAAAAGACCUUUGUAGAUUAAAAAAUUGUGAUAGGAUUUUUAAAGAUACCUAUUUUGAUCUCAGUUUUCAUCAUUACCAUUAAAUGCAUUGGAUAGAAUGGGACUGUUCUUCACACAUCAUAUAUAGGAAGACAUAAUUCCAGUGCCUUUUAUGGUGGAGCAGAAUUCGACAACACACGUCCAUUCAGCCCGCUGAGUGGAUCUGAGAUGAAGACCUUUUUAAAAGAUAAUGUCUGUGUUUAAGACAUAGCCAGUUUUGAGUUUUUUAUGGUUGCACAUCAUAAUCUGUGCUGUCCUGACUUGAAGUUCGUCUGGGCCCCAAAAUUGCAGGUCCCGGUUUAGCCAGGGCUCCUGUUUUGUUUUUCCAGAGUUCAUACAGGUGGCCUGCAGAAGCCCCAGAGCCCUCAUCACUCAGAGGGCCGAGGAUAUGAGGGAUCCAAGUCACAGGUAGACAUUCCAGUUUGUCUUAUUCUUAGAAAUCAUUCUUAGGCAGAGCUGCAGGAACAGGCCUCUGUGAAGUGUCUGCUGUGUAGAAAUAGGCCUUGAGCCCUGGGGUUCUCCAGGCAGUGGGAUUACACGUUGACUUAAGGGUGAUGUGCAGAAGAGCUUGGAGAGUAGGUCAGAGACUGGGACAGUUACUGCAGAGCUCUCGAGUCACCAAGCUGGUCACACUCAACUAGUGGCUGUUUCACAAGGGUUUUGAGGGCACUUGUCUGUCCUGUGAAGUCUAUGCUGACUGUUCCAGCCAAGUGAUUUUCAGACAUGUUGAGAGUAAACAGCAUCCAUAGCAUGUGUAUGUGUGUGAAAACCAGCCAGCUCUUGUGGGUCCUCACUCCCAUGGCACAAUUCUCAGUAACUCGUAACUAAUGUAGAGGUUAUCAGCCUUCCUGGCUUCCUGGGGAGCGAGACCUCUGCCAGCUAUUCGGCCCGGCUUCUCUGACUCCUUUUUUAUGUAAGAACCAAUCUGUUUCACAUUGGGUUAGGUGGAUUCCUUAUCCCUUUAUUAUAUAUAUUUUUUGCAACUUGGAUUUCCAGUUUGUUUACAGAAUAGUCUUAGGUAGUAGCAAAAGAGCCAAAGAAGAGAUUUGUAUUGCUGAGCUCAAAGCCGAGCAGAGGCCGCCAGUGAAGGCUGAGCAGUGGGAACUCUCUAGGCUUCUCUGCCCGUGAACACCCGGGUGCCAGUCCCAGCCCCCUCCCUCCCUUGGGUGCUCCUUCCUCCCCAUGUGCCAUGGAGUGUACAGCUGGAGCAGAGUACCCUCAUUUUUAGGAAUCUAGUGAUGCCUCUUGCCUCAGGGAAAUGUUUCUUUGAUGGGGAGUUUGAGAUUUCUUUUUCUUGUUUAUGCUUUAUUUGUGGUAAUGAAAGAGUGAAUGACUUAAACAGCCAUGGCAAGGCAGAUCUACAGGCCCGGCUGCAGCAGGGUGUGGGGCAGAGCGGGCUCAGGGUCUAGGGCUGCAGGGGUUUCCUUGGCGCGGUGAAAGUCUCUGAGCACUUACCGGACAUGGCCGUUUCUUAGGUGUGAGAGGGGCUGUGGCUUUUGUGCAGCAACUAUGUUGGUGUUUAGGGGGUGGUGUGGAGAUUGUUAAUCUUGUAUAAAGCAACUCAAUAAAUUGUUUCAAGGUUUCCAAAA